GGCCACCUGCUGAACAUGAACUUGGGGUGGGGGGGAUGCUUCCACUCCUCCCUGCAUCGCCCCUGCCCUUCGGAUCCCUUCAUCUCCAUCACAUCCAUCUCCACCCCAUCCCCUCCCAGUGGUCCUCACAACCCGUUCUGCUGGCACAUAACCACCCCUUGGUCUGGGUGUCCUUCUGUCCCCACCACAGUGCCUACAGAUGUGCUUCGCUGAGGGGUUUGGUGUCUGCUGGGACAUCGCUCCUGGACAGGCACCAGCCUCCCCACAAGUGACUGCAUGGCACAACCAGAGCCCACGGUGUGGUUUGCAGUAUUUUGGGUCAGGACAUGAAGCAGAGAUGCUCCAGGCUUGGCCAGGAGCUGCUGGAUUGGGACACUGAGCUGCCUGCCUUCCCUUCUCAUCAACCAGGGGGAUAAGGCUCUCCAGGUCCUGACGUCCCCCAGCACAGCCCCAAAGCUCCAUCCCUCUUCUCCAUCUUUUCACGCUAUUUCUCCCCUCCCCUUCUGCCUUUCCUCUGUUUCUUUGCUCCUUCUCUCCAUCCCUUUUCUCUCUUCUUUCUCCCCACCCCAGCCUCCUCCGUCCAUGUGGAAGUUCAUGUUCACUCUGUGCCAACACGGUUUUCUCUGCCUGUGCUUGUGUCCCCCUCCUUGCCCAGAGUUGCUGAAAGGUGACAAAUGUAUUGACAACAAGGGCAGGGGACCUGCAGCUACGGCAGGCUCCUCUCCGUCAGCGCAGAGGGAUACAAAUGGGGGUAAAAAAGCCAAGAGGAGCCUUCUUGUUCAGCUCCGUGGCAAUACAUUUGUGGACAAGCUGAAAGCAACUCUGCCCCUGCCUGUCACUUUAGGCAGAUUUGUUGGCAGGGGCUGGAGAAGGGGAAUGGGGGGGGAGGGAGGGGUAGGGGGAGUAAGAACAGCCUGGCCCCACUGGGUGGGGAAUGCCCUUCCUUCCCCAUCCCCUCUGGGAAAGCUUCCCACGCCACUGCCUCGCCUCCCAGCUGCCCUGUUCCUGGUGGUUUCUGCUUGGGAGAAACACAGCGAGGCUCUUGCAGAGGAACAGGCACCCGCCACGGCUGCCCCGUGCCCCUCCAGCAGCACCUGGCAUCCCUCAGGUGCCCCUUUUGGUGCCAAAGCCAUCCCCGAGUGCAUCCCCCUCCGUCGUGCUGAGGGAUGGAGAGCUUUGCAGCCCAAGCAGCCGCGGAGAUGCUCUGGCAGAGAAGGAUGAGGUCUCCAUCCUUUGGUCCUUGCGUUUGCCCGGCGGCUGCUCUGCUUGCGAACCCUUUGUAGGCAUUGCCUCUGGGGCUGAUGGGAAGAGCGGGGAAGGGGCUGCCUGGGCUGCAGUGCCGCAGGAUGGCAGUAGGGAUGGGAGCACAGCUGGAGGCAUGCAGGGAAGGCAGGGGCUCUGCCUUGAGGGUUUGGAGAACGCAACGUGCUCCCUGCAGCCGGGGUGCCACGGGGCAGGGGGUCACGGAAUGAACUGGGAUGACCCACGCUGGUCCUUUACCAGCGGCCAUCAGUGUUGGGCAGUUUUGGUUUUGUUUGCUGGGAGGGGGGCGGCUGCUUCCUCACUGAGCCCCAGCUGCACUCAGCCUGCGCUCACCAGCUGGCUUUGCACCAGAGGUAAUCUGAAGCACGACUUCACGUUCACAGCGGUGGUGCUGGGCCGGUUUGGGUGCACCGGUGCCAGAGCUUUGGCAGAGUUGAAGGCUGUAAGGCUUUUAGCAGUGAACCAGGGCAGUGUUUCCCUCCCGACUCUGGCAGGCUCAGAUGUGAGCGCAUCCACAGGACAGACACGAGCAACAGGGAUUUUUCCCUUGGAGUACCUUGAAAGCUUUCUAUCACCUUGACCGGAGAGGGUUUAGAGACUGGUUUAGCUGUGAUUAGAUCCGUGGGCCGUUUUUUGCUCUCUCUGUAAUGAAUGAAGGUGCAGGACGUGGCUUAUCGAUGUGGAAAUGCUUGUCCACCCCUAGCACUGCUGUGAAAUCUUUCCAGGUUUCAAUCUGGUGGGAAAAUGCUUCGGGAAGAGUCAAAAUGCCACGUUCUGGGGGCUUAGGAUGCAGGGUUUGAGCCAAACCCACAGACCUGUGUCCCCAGGAGGGUUCCCUGGGGCAGAGCAUCCUCAGGCUGCAGCCGCAGCCUCUGCUGGGAUGAGGCACAGCAGGGAUGGGUGCGUGGCUGUGUCCCCACACCCAGCUCCUGGCAUUGCCCCCUGGGAGCCUUUCCAGGGUGCCCUGCAUUUAUACAGAGGCAGCAGGGUGACUUAUGCAAUAUGGAGCCCUUAAUGCGAUUGCUGCGUGCCUGUGUGUGUGGUCGUCUUUAAUUACCCGGUCCCUCCAGGAUCUGAGCUCCAGCUCUCUGUGUAAAGCCAUUGGGAAUCGCAGCCAUCACCUCCCAUACAUCAGCACUCAGUGGGGACGUUGUUGCUCCCUCUGACAAAGCCUCGGUGCUCUCCCUUAGCCUGGGGGUGCCCCCACGCAGCCCCUGGGGCUCAGAGCUGCCCUGGGCGUGGGGCUGAACCUCACCGUGAUGUGCUUUGUGGGUGCACCCCUUCCAGCAGCACCAUGUUGCCCAUUGUGGUGUAGGUGGUGCUGAGCACAUCCCAAUCUCUGCCCAUCCACGGGCAGAGGUGCUCCAUCGUCCUCAGCACGAAGCCCCGGGGUCACCAUCUGUGACGCCCCCAGUGCCCAUCAGCAGUGCCUCCUUCUCCCAUACCAUCCCUAUAGGGGAGCAGCCCCAGCACCAGUCCCCUGUGCUCCUGCGUGCCGUGAUGCCGUGCCUCUCACACUCACCGUGUGCCUUCUGGUCUCUCCCUGC